UGACACAAAACAAACAGGAAAAAUUAUUUACAAAAAAUAAAAAUAAAAACCUCUCGACUUCAACAAGAGAGAGAAGAUCUGUAGAACGAAGAGAAGAGAAGGGAAAAAAAAGUGAAAGAAAAGAGACGCAAAGAUGAUGUCCGGAGGUUAUACCAGCAUUGAUAACCAGAAAGUUUCUGGAUCCGUACCCGCCGUUUCGGAUUCCGGCCGUGUCCCGGUCCAAUUCGCAGAUUCGGGCCUUCAAACAUUUCCUCCAUCGGGUGUGCAGGGGAAGAUCUCUGGUGGAACUCUACCUCCAUCUGAUGCCGACGAUUCAUUUUCAAGACCUGCUGGUGGCUCUUCUAGUGGCUCUGAUGAACCACAAGCAAGUGGAUGGCUUCAUAAAUUCACAGUUGCUGCAUACAAGCCAUAUUUUGAUGUUGAUACUACAGAUGUUUUGGAUAGACUUAAGGAGUCACUCUAUCCAUUUAGGGGAACAUUUACAGAGAAAACAGCUACCAACCCAGAUUUAUAUGGACCAUUCUGGAUUUGCACCACUCUUAUAUUUGUAGCAGCGUCUAUUGGGACAUUUGUGACCUAUGUAGCACACAAGCUCCGGGAUAAAGAAUGGAAUUAUGACAUAAAUCUGGUUACAUGGUCUGCUGGUGUGUUCUAUGGCUAUGUCACUGUCGUUCCUCUUGUCUUGUAUGUUAUUCUCAAGUACUUCUCAGCACCAUCAGGCCUUGUCCAACUGUUUUGUCUAUAUGGAUACUCAUUAUUUAUCUUUAUUCCAGCACUGUGUCUAUCUGUUGUCCCCUUGGAAAUUUUCAGAUGGAUAAUUGCAGCUGUAGCUGGGUUCAUGUCAGCAACUUUUGUGGCACUUAAUCUCAAAGCUCACAUUACUUCAGCUGGAGAAAGAUGGGUCUUGAUCGUUGCUGGCAUCUUUCUGUUGCAGCUGGGUCUUGCUGUUGUGCUCAAACUCUAUUUGUUCACCGUUUCGGUAUAAGAGUAAGCCGUUCUUCCGUAAAGCUAAAUCGGUUUAGUUGUAGAUCACAAAGAAAGUGAAUUUUUGUCCUUCGGCCGUUUAAUUGGCGAAAAUAUUAUUCAUGAUCAAGUAAAAACAUCAUGUAUUCAUUCAUUUUUAAUGCCUGUGGGAAUAUGAAUUGCAAUUGGGUAUCCCAAUGUAAUUGCAGCUUUUCUUCA